UCUAAGCCCGCCAAGUUAGGAAUCAGAUAGUCCUUCUCUGUUGCUCUCUCUUUCUUUUCUUUUCUUUUGUUCUCUCUCUCUCUCUCUCUCUCUCUAUACUUCUUAUAUUAUCUUUGAGUGAUCAAUGCCACAAUGUUGCUGAAGCAUUCUCACACCUUUUGCUUUACUUGCCAGCCACUGCCACAGGGGGGAAAAUCACACUCAUAAAGAGGGGUGAAGAUAUGGGUGUUGGUGAUGUCAUUAGUUGUAGAAGGUUGCUUCUUGGAGCCUUGGUAUCUUUAGGAGUCAUCUGGUUUAUGUUCCUUGCAAUCUCAGUAAACCGUCAAACCAAGAGGACAGUGCUAGUUCCAAUGAAUGUUAUCUCCAAGCAUUUAAAGUUGGUUAGCAUGCAGAGGCAUGCCCUGCAUUCAAAUUCUGGACUAUUCAUCGUGAGCAAGAGAAGAGUGCCAAAUGGACCUGAUCCAAUACACAACAGGAGAGCAGUGAAAACUAGACAGCCACCUACACAAGCCUGAGCAUUGCAUUGGGAAGUUCCACAACUAGUUUGUGGAAAAGUUAUACAAGAAUUUUUGCUAUUCUCUUGUGGAAGAAUUCAGAGUGUGUUCUAUAAGAUGAUGUUAUAUAGUAUUGCAAGUGUUUUGGAGGUUAUAAGUGCGAUCCUUAAUGUUCUCUAUUUUUUUCUUCUUCUCUUGGAAAUUUACCUUUGAUGGUGUUGUAAAUCAAGACCUUAGGAAAUGAAGUAACCACAUUUUGGAUGCAAUUCAAUUAUGUCCUUAAAUUCUUGAAGUGAAAAGAAAUGUGGAGUUUAUGGCU